AUGACGACGCUCGAUGUGAAAUCGUCCUUUUUGAAGGAUCACAUGCUCAAGCUGCAGGAAGUCGCGAAGCGGCAAAGCGACUACCGACGAGCACUAGCAGCGCGGCUGCAAAACUUUCGACGCAAUCAAAUCAUGGAGGGGAAUUUAAAGAAAGGCACUGCCAAAUUGCUCAAAGAAAAAGCUGACAUCAAGGUGAAGGUAUGGACAGCAAUCGGUACACAGUACAAAAGAAAGAGUGCGGGUUAUUUGGGCACCAUUAAGUGUCACAUCACAUGUGAAGAGAAGCUAGCUGAGGAUAUACACAAUAUGAAAACAAGCAUUUUGAAUAUACAGCGUGAGUUGGGACGCCUAUCACGACACAUAUACGAUCUAAAUCGGCACACAAUACCCGCAACGCGGGCAAUAGAAGAUAAAAACAGGGCACGCAAGCACUUAGCAAUGAAGGAGAACCAAUUGGAGGUGGGCAUACAUCAGGAAUGCAAAAUGACAGCGCUGAAUAUGAAGUUACGCGAAGAAUUGCACGAACUGAUUUUGGAGCGGAAAGCUUUCAACGAGCAUUAUUUCAAAUUAAUACGCGAACUCAAUAGUGACAAGAAAUACAUGACCGAUUUGAUUGGCUACGCUAUGCAUCAGUUCGACUCGAGCAUAGAUCUCUAUGAGAGAUUUGAUAUUUUCAAGAAGCGACAGCGUAGAGACUUAGAGCAACGGCGGAUGGAAAUGCGUGACAUUAGUCGCAACAAGACGGAGUCGGUAAAUGACACGGAGUUUUACAAAUCGAAAAUUUUCCAUCGACGUUUGGCUGACUUGCAGCCGAAGGAGUAUCGUAGACGUAGUAAUAUGCGUGAACGUAUGAAAAAGAAACUGAUUGUCAACAAGAAUGUAUUACAUAAGAUCUUUCAAUAUACCGGACAGAAAAAUAUCAAAACUGUUAUCACCAAAUUCAAAGAACAAGAAAGCCUCUACUAUUCAUACUUCAAUUAUGCCAAUGAGACGAGUUAUCAUAUGACACUGUUGAAUAAUGCGGUCAAUCGACUUUAUGCGGAUAUCGAUAUGCUUAAGCUCGACAAUCGCAAUUCUAUGCAAAAUCAGGUGGAUCAAAUUGAGAAGCUGGAGUCGCAAUUGCAAGAAAUACAUAAGAACAACGAGGUGUUGCGUAAGUCUUCCGUGGUGAAUGACGAACGUUUGAACAAACUAUUUUUGGGUUUGAAGCUGGUGCGCGAUCACUCGAAAACCAAUUGGCAAUCGCUGGAAAAAGAAAUCGGUGAUUAUAGACAGAUCAAUUUAACAAAUUUACACGACCAAUUAAAGCUUGUAGAGAAGCGUAUUUUUGGUGUGCUAGCCACUGUCUAUAGGUUGGAGCGUAAAAAUGUCAAGAAGCGCCCCAUUAACUAUCUCAUCAAGAAUAUAGAAAAAUUCUGUGAUUUUGCAACCAACUUAAAUGACAUUGUCAUAACACAACAGUGUCCCGAGUGCGCUGAGGUGGAUGCGUUGAACAUCGAUGAGACGGAGAGUGUCGGUAUUUCGUCGAUAGAAAAUGCUAAGCACAAACUUUAUGAUAAGAUUACGCAACCUGAAAUGCAAUACCGCUUGCAUAGCAUAAGCUCAUGCCGUUUUCCACGAGCGCGUAUGCUGACCGCAAAGCGAAACAUGGAAAAUGAUUUAACAAUAAUUUGA